UAAAUACCGGGCAGAGGGGAAACAGUGAAGUUAAAGUGGACAAGCUGGGGUCAAACUUUUAGGCCUUUUUGGGGAAGAUAUAAAAGCUGGGUGUGUAACUCUCAAAGUGUGUGUAGGUAAGCUAAGCCGUCUGUGGAUCAAGAUGAAGUUUAGCGGCGUGCUGGUGUGUGUGUUAUUCAUUUGGGUUGAAGGGUCCUGGGCUGACACACCUGCCAACUGCACCUAUGAGGACCUGCAGGGGACCUGGGUGUUUAAGGUGUCCAAAGGUGGGCACGACAAGACCAUUGACUGCUCAACUCAAGCCACAGAUGCGAGCACGGUGACGGUGACCCUGCAGAAACUAUCUGUAGCCACAGACGAGCUGGGGAACACCGGCUUCUUCACCCUCAUCUACAACCAGGGCUUUGAAGUGGUCAUCAAUGGGUAUAAAUGGUUCGCCUUCUUCAAGUACACUCAGGAUGGCGAGAAGGUUACCAGCUAUUGUGACCAGACCAUGACCGGUUGGGUCCACGAUGUCCUGGGAAACAACUGGGCCUGUUUCGUUGGGAAGAAAACGACGCCAGUAGCACCCCGAACUGACUCCAAACCAGUCUACAACAGCAGGCUGCUGCAGAUGCCAUACAAACACAACCUGGACAUCAUAGACGCCAUCAACUCAGUUCAGCGCUCCUGGAAAGCUGUGCCUUACCCAGAGCAUGAGACGUACACUCUGCAGGAGCUGCACCAGAGAGCAGGAGGGCCGGCUUCUCGUAUUCCCAAGCGCGUUCGUCCCAUGCCUGUGAACGCCGAUGUAGCCAAGAUGGCGGCAGCUCUACCGGAGCGCUGGGACUGGAGAAACAUGGAUGGCGUCAGCUUCGUCAGCCCGGUGAGAAACCAAGCAUCAUGUGGUAGCUGCUACUCCUUUGCCUCCAUGGGAAUGCUGGAGGCUCGUCUCCGAAUCCUCUCUAACAACACCGAGGCUCCUGUCCUCAGCCCACAACAGGUGGUCUCCUGCUCUAAAUAUUCUCAAGGUUGCGACGGUGGCUUCCCGUACCUGAUUGGGAAGUACAUCCAGGAUUUCGGCAUUGUGGAUGAGUCAUGUUUCCCAUAUAUCGCGAAGGACUCUCCGUGUGGCAUUCCUAAAAACUGCGGCCGCAUUUACACCGCAGAAUACAACUACGUGGGUGGGUUUUAUGGCGGCUGCAGUGAGAGUGCCAUGAUGUUGGAGCUGGUCAAGAAUGGACCCAUGGCCGUGGCGUUUGAGGUUUAUCCCGACUUCAUGCACUACAAGGAGGGCAUCUACCACCACACAGGCCUCGGUGACCCCUUCAACCCCUUCGAGCUGACCAACCACGCCGUGCUGCUGGUGGGGUACGGCCGCUGCCACAUGACCGGACAGAAGUACUGGAUCGUCAAGAACAGCUGGGGUACCACCUGGGGCGAGGACGGCUACUUCCGAAUCCGCCGCGGAAGUGACGAAUGUGCCAUUGAGAGCAUUGCAGUCGCAGCCAAACCCAUCCCCAAACUGUAGAGGGGGUAAACUCGGGAUAGGAGAGGAGGGAGAGGAGAUGUGCUGAAUGAGUCUCAAUGCAAUUCAAAUUAAUUUUUUUUUUUUUUUGCCAUACCUAGCUUAGCGGUUGUCAAUGUAUGCUUGAGAGUUUUUUAAAAUUGAAAGCUGCAACAGAGCAUUGAAGAGCAAAUCCAAAGUCUUUAGGGCAGCCCUUUUUUUAUAUUGGGAGGGAGGAGAAUUUGGGGCAGAAAGCAUAACUCCCAUGCAUUCAGAAAAAUCCCCAGAUAUCAGCAGGCAAAGAUCUCCUAUCGUCUGAUAAUGAGAGACUACUUCCUCCCCAAUCCAACACGUAAAAUUAGCAGUAUUUCAAAUUUCCAUAUGAAUGUGAAAUGAACUUUAAAAAGGGAAAUAUACCAAAAUUUAAAAAUAAACAAGUUAUUCCUUCAAUCAAAUAAUAUGCACAUUAUUUGAUUGAAGGCCAAAACUAGGGAAUUGAAAUCUGAUAUAUGUAAAAUGAGCUGUCAAAUGUUUACAAUAGCGGAGCCAAAUCAUUUCAUUGGAUGGCCUUAAACUGAUAGAUUGAUUGAAAAACCCUCAUGUGUAGGAGUUUGCUUUUUUUUUGGCAGCCAAAACCUCACCUACGCUGCGUCUGUGCUUGCUCAGUGAAGCCGAGAGGGAAUUGGGAUUAAUGUUAACGAGGGGCAGGACCCAGUGAAAGGUUUUUAUUAACACCCAGUCAGACAUAUAGGCUAAUAUAGUCCUACAGGAGUUAAAAGUUUUUUAAAAAAGGGACAUUUUAAUCAAUUUUUUUUAAAGUACUGGUAGUUUACAGCUGCUCAAUGUUGAUUUGAAUCAUAGGGAAGCAGUUUUAAUGCCUUUUAUUCUUAUUUUAUUAUCACAUCUGUCUAGCUGAAUUUUACCAUAUUAGUUCACUUGCUUUAAUUUCUUUCAUUUGUCCUCAUUUUUCUUUUUUCUUUUUUCUUUUUCUUUACAUGCACUGAUUAUUUGUUUAUGAACAGUUAAGUUCAGGCUGGAGCUGCCAAUAUAAACGUGGAAAUCAAAUGGUUUGGUACGUGCUGUGCUGUGCUGUGCUGUGACAAAUUGUAAAAAAAAUCUCAUUGUUACAUUUUUAAAAAGGGAAUUUGGAAACUGAAGAAUCAUGUUUUUGUGUUUUUGUGUUUAGUGAAUUGCAGGACCUUGAUUCUUUGUCUCAGGGAAGAACCGUGAAAAAUUGUAAUAUCUUCUGUCGUCACAACAAGAUUAAGACUUAACUGCCACGCUCCUCCAGAAGGGAAUGAUGUAUAUUCCUGUAGAGGGUUUGAAUCAAGUAAUAAAGAGAUGAAACUGAUUGUUGUGCCUUUUUAUUCUGCCUCCCAUCCUUUUACCCGUAUGAUGUCAUGAUGUCUUUUUCCCUCCUUACUCCGUUCCUUCCUUCCUUCCUCCUUUCCUCCCUCCCUCCAUCCCUCCCUCCUUCCUUCCUUCUCUCCUAAAUUCCUUCUUCUUUUCAUCCUUACU